CUACAAAUACUGUAUGGACAGACGCCAGACUAUACAGCUAGUGUUCAGUGUUAUAUUCAGCUAUAUUCAGUGUUUAGAAAAACAGUUUAUACACACUGUCUGUUGUCAGUGUGUAUCAGAAAAAGUUUGACAACUGUACAUCUGAUAAUAUCAGAUACAGUUUGACAACAAUAUCUGACAGUACUAUAGAGUACAUCAGACAUCAUGUCCACACAAAAGAGAGAUGUGCACCUGAAGGCUGACAUCAGCAGCACCAUCUCAGAGAAUGGAAAUGAUCAGGGUGGCAUGAAUAUUUCUCCUGCAACCAAUGAGAAGGCAAGCCCAACAGUGAGGAAGAACAGCAAAAUCUGUGCAUUCUUCCAAAGAAGAUGGAAGGCUGUGAAAAAAUCCUUCCAGAAAAACAGAGUGGAGCCUAUUGGGAUCCCAGCGCAGCCUGAUCCAGAGCCAUCGUGUGUCCCAGAUCCUGAAGCAGAAGCUGAAGUGGAUCUGGUUGAUGAAGAACAGUUGUGUGUCGCAGGUCCAAAUGGUCCUGAACCUCAAGUGAAAACAGAAACUCAAGUGACAACAGAGCUGUCAAUGUUACAUAACAAUUUCCCUUUAAACAUUUUCCAACUGGAGCGUCGCAUGUGCAAAUGUAGAGUGCAAUGGACACCUGUCACUGAGGUGUGGCCCAGUGUCUUCAUUGGAAAUGAAGAGACAGCAAUGGACCGAGUCAAACUGAAGGAGAUGGGUAUUACUCACAUCCUGAACACUGCGGCAUACAAGGAAUAUCUACAAGGAAAGAUCGAUAUAAAGGCAGAAUAUUACCAAGAAAUGAACAUCACUUACUGUGGUGUGCUUGUAAUGGUUGAACACCGGUUUGACGUCAGCAAUGACUUAUUCCCAGCUUCGGAAUUCAUCCACAAGGCCCCGAGUAACACAGGAAAUAAGUUGUUAGUGCACUGCAUGGAUGGCGUCAGCCGCUCUGCCACAUUUUUUCUGGCAUACCUGAUGAUCCACCAUGAAAUGUUGUUGGAGGAUGCCAUCGACCACGUCAUAGACAAGAGAUGGAUCAGGCCAAACAGGGACUUCUUGAAGCAGCUGAUAACCCUCAAUUCAAACCUCGUAACACAGCGGAAACUACAGCUAAGAAAACAGAUCAACAAAGAUGAAACAAAAAACGAAGAGGACCCAGUUGCACAGCCUGUUCCAGAACCAUUGUGUGAGCCAGGUCCAAGCAUACCUAAACCAGAACCUCAGGUGACAAAAGAACUUUCAGUGUUAGAAAGUCAUGUCUCUCAAAGCGUCAUUCAACUUCAGGAUCGCCUGGAUGAAUAUACAUUGGGCUGCACACCUGUCACUGAGGUCUGGCCCAAUGUCUUCACUGGAAAUGAAGAGACAGCAAGAAACUGAGCCAAACUAAAAGGGAUGGGUAUUACCCACAUCCUGAAUGCUGUGGCUGUGGAGAAGAGCUUGAAGGUCUUGUUUGAAAUUCCAAGCAAGAAAAGCAUCAGGCCCAACAUAGGCUUCUUGAAGCAACUGACAAUCCUCAAUACAAACCUCAAAAUUCGCCGAAUACUUCAGUUGAAAAAAGAGCACAGAUAAAAAACAAAUAAAGCAAAAUAAAAACAAAUAUUUAAGUUACAAAUAUGUAAAAUCAAUCCAUUUGGUCAAAAUAAAAAUGUGUCUAAAUUGUAUUCAAAUGCCUUGUAUUCAGUCUUGCUUUGCACAACUGAGGCAGCUAACAAAGAUUAAGUCAUUUCUUUCUUUUGCAGAUUUAGAAAAUGUUAUUCAUGCUUUUAUCUCCUCCAGAC